CUGAUAAAAAUGGCGUCCGCCUUAGAGAAUCUCGAGGCUCAAUUGGAAUUGUUUAUCGAGAAUGUACGACAAAUACGCAUUAUAGUGAGCGAUUUUCAGCCUCAAGGGCAAAAUGUAUUAAAUCAGAAGAUUCAAGGUUUAGUCAAUGGCUUACAAGAAAUUGACAAGCUAAAGUCUCAGGUACAAGAUGUCCAUGUGCCAUUGGAAGUAUUUGAUUACAUUGACCAAGGGAGAAAUCCUCAAUUAUAUACUAAAGACUGUAUAGAAAAGGCUUUGACGAAAAAUGAACAGGUUAAAGGAAAAAUAGAUGCCUAUAGGAAAUUCAAGGCAAAUAUGCUGGUAGAGUUGAAUCGAGUUUUCCCGCAUGAACUAACCAAAUACAGAGCGAUUCGCGGAGAUGAAUAGGAUAAUUUAGUUUCAAGGACCAAGAUUUUGAUA